AUGGGAGGACUGAAAGCCAGAUGGAACAUUUUAGCUGGCAUUUUCAUGGGGAUAUCAGCUCUCGUAGUGUUCCUUAUCAUCGGGAUAAAGGCAUUACGUACGAGUACCGAUGGAAACAGAACUUUAGAGUUCGUUCAUGUGGUAAUGAGACAUGGUGCAAGAACUCCAGCCAGUACCUAUCCAAACGACCCUUAUAUCAACAAUACUUUCUACCCUGUAGGAUGGGGACAAAUUACAAAUGCUGGAAAACUCCAGCUUUACAACGUAGGAAAAUACCUUCGCAGAAGGUACGGAAAAUUCCUAGGGCCCAACUACCACCCCGACGAGUACCUCACACAAACGACAGGCGUGGACAGGACCAAGGUCAGCAUGCAGGUGGUCAACGCGGGGCUGUGGCCUCCUCGGGGUGCUCAGCAGUGGGGCCCACUCGACUGGCAGCCUGUGCCCAUCACGGCCGAACGGUUGGAGGAUGAUUCAUUACUUUUAGUGAGAAGGCCAUGUCCUCAAUACCACAUUGAGAAGGAACGUAUCAUGAAGUCUACUGAAAUUCAAAAUAUGUUCAAACCAUACGAAACUCUGUUCAAGGACCUCACAGAUAUUACCGGACAAAAAACCACAGAUUUCGAAGGUGUUCAGGAUAUUUACACCACCUUAUUGGCAGAGGAACAAUUUAAUCUGACCUUACCUGAUUGGACCAAAUCCUACUAUCCUGACAAAAUGAAUUAUCCAACUGUUAAAAGUUUUGUACUAAAUGCCUAUAACGAUAAAAUGAACAGAUUGAUUGGAGGUGUUCUUCUGAAGAAACUCAUCCAAGACUGGACGUCCAAAGCAGCAGGAACCAUCAAACCUAGUGCUAGGAAAGCCAUUUUGUAUGGCGGCCAUGAUGCUACUAUUGUGAAUCUCCUGAGUACUCUAAAAGUUUGGGACGAGCAGUUUCCGGACUAUGCUAUCACCAUUUUGUUCGAAUUGUACAAAGACAAUGCUUCCAAUGAAUAUGGAAUUGAGAUCUUUUUAAGGAAUUCUACGGAUGUUCCUCCAGUUAAACUGACAAUCCCAGGCUGUGAUAGUUUUUGUCCAUUGAUCAAACUCCAAAAGCUCACCAAAAACGUGAUUCCACAAAAUUGGGAAGAAGAAUGUAAGACGGAGGAUGAAGACUUCAAAGUACCUGAUUUGGGAGGACCAUGA